AUGGUUAUUGGAUUACUUGCCAUCGCGGCUAUCCCGACCGUUACAGGCGUAGGCAACGCUAUAAGUGCGCAGAAGAGACAAAAUGAGAGCAUGAGCAAGGAACAGGAAAAAUUUCACCUCACGUUCAUGAUGCAGAGGAAGGGGAAGACAGAGGAGGUUGGCCAAGGAGUUCUCGUGGACAAGAAGAUGUAUCUCAACCUCUCAGACGCACCAGUGCAAGGCUACAGGUUUCUAGGCUGGUUUUUCAAGUAUCCCAGCGAGGAGGGACACCUGGGGCUGGUAAGCAUGGUGUCGGACGAGCCCCCGAUGCUCAACUGGAUCUUUGUGGACAAGGACACGCACAUGGUGACCUUUGGGGGGAAGAAGGACACCAUCGACCACGUCAUAGGACCCUGGGGCUGGACAGAAGAUGAUCGCUUCCUGACGCUGCAAGGGGAUCAUGAUUCGUUUGUGGCGGUGCGCGACGAGCACGGGAAGUGGUCCGUAUACUGGGACCCGGAGGGUGAUAUCGAGGACGAAAUAGACGACGACGAGAGGUGCCAGCCUGUGAGGCUGCGGAGAAGGCCGCAGCUCGGCAUGGAAAGCAGCUAUGUUAAGCACUGA